AUGAUUGACACUAGGAAAUUAAUCGGAGCAAAGUAUUUCAAUCAGGGGGUAAUCGCGUACUUGAAAUCCCAAAAUUUAACAGAUGAACUCCCAUUGAUCGUCAACUCCACGCGCGAUUACGUAGGUCAUGGAUCCCACACGCUAUCGACAGCCGGCGGAAACUAUGUCUCUGGCGUCAGCGUAUUUGGGUCCGGUAUCGGAACUGCCAAGGGCGGCUCUCCCAAGGCCCGCGUCGCUGCCUAUAAGGUAUGCUGGCCGUUCCACAACAGUGGCGGUUGCUACGACGCCGACAUUUUUGACGGAAUUGAUCAAGCCAUCUACGACGGCGUCGAUGUCCUUUCGCUUUCCAUCGGCAGUCCACCAGCCGAAUACUAUGAUGAUACCAUCGCCAUUGCUUCCUUUCAUGCACUGAAGAAAGGAAUCCCCGUGGUGUGCUCUGCCGGCAACUCUGGCCCGAGCAUGGCGACUGCUACUAAUAUUGCUCCGUGGAUUUUGACGGUUGGGGCUAGCACUUUGGACCGUGAAUUUCAAGCCCCCAUUGAGCUUGGAAACGGGCAACGCUUUUGGGGGUCGAGCCUUUCGAGACCAUUAGCAGGGAGAAAGCUAUACCCAUUGAUAACUGGAGCUCAGGCGAAAGCAACGACCGCCUCUGCCGACGACGCCAUGCUCUGCAAGCCGAAAACUUUGGAUCGUUCUAAAGUGAAUGGGAAGAUCUUGGUUUGCUUGACAGGGGGCUCUUCGAGAAUUGACAAAGGAAUGCAAGCCGUCCUCGCAGGUGCUGUUGGAAUGAUUCUCUGCAACGAUAGGUUUAGUGGAUUUAAAAUCAUCGCCGAUCUCCAUGUUCUUCCAGCUUCUCAUAUCAGUUACAAUGACGGUCAAGCUGUUUCCUCGUACAUCAAUUCUAGGAAAAAUCCAAUGGGAUAUUUGAUCCCACCGUCGUCCAAAGUUAAUACCAAACCUUCUCCGAUCAUGGCGGCUUUCUCAUCUAGAGGACCCAACAUGAUUUCUCCGGAAAUUAUCAAGCCGGAUGUGACAGCGCCGGGAGUGAACAUAAUCGCGGCAUUCUCUGGCGCCGUGAGCCCAACAGGGGAGCCAUUCGACAACAGAACAGUUCCAUACAUAACAAUGUCAGGGACUUCCAUGUCCUGUCCCCAUGUCUCCGGCAUUGUCGGCCUCCUCAAAGCUCUCCACCCCGAAUGGAGCCCCGCCGCCAUCAAAUCCGCCAUAAUGACCUCCGCCACAAUUAGCGACAACACAAUGAACCUCAUGCUCGACGGCGGCUCCCCUAUCUUCGCUCCAGCCACCCCCUUCAUAUAUGGGUCAGGGCACAUCCACCCCACUGGCGCCAUCGACCCCGGCCUCGUCUACGACCUCUCCCCCAACGAUUACUUAGAAUUCCUCUGCGCCAGCGGCUACAAGGAGAAGAACAUUCGAGUAUUCGCCGAUGAAAAUUUCAAGUGCCCUGUUUUUUGUUCUAUUUUAAACUUUAAUUACCCUUCCAUUGGGGUUCAGAACUUGACUGGGAGUGUCACCCUUACUAGAAGGUUGAAGAAUGUUGGCAGGCCGGGGGUUUAUAGAGUCAUAGUUCGACGGCCGGAAGGAGUUAAGGUUUCAGUGAAGCCAAGAGUUCUGAAGUUUUGGAAGAUUGGAGAGGAGAAGAGGUUUGAAUUGACGAUGACUGGAGCUGUGGCGGAGGGUCAAAUUGGUUAUGGUACGCUAAUUUGGACCGACGACAAGCACUUUGUUAAGAGUCCAAUUGUUGUUUCUUCUGGCUUUUUCUGA